UUUUUUUUUUACUGCUUGGUCAUGUUGUUUUGUCCUCAUUGUUCAAAUCUGUUAUUAAUUGAAAACGACGGUGGACAAGCCUUCUUUUGUCAAUCAUGUCCUUAUGUCUAUAGUAUUCAAACAAGACAUACAUCUCGUAAAGAAUUAAAGAGAAAGGAGGUGGAUGAUGUAUUGGGUGGUGCUGAUGCAUGGAAAAAUGUGGAUUCUACAGAAGCUACUUGUCCUAAAUGUGAACAUGAACGUGCUUACUUUAUGUUGAUUCAAAUUCGUUCUGCUGAUGAACCUUCUUCUAUUUUCUACAAAUGUUGUAACGAAGACUGUCAACAUCAAUGGCGUGAAGGAUAAAGACAAACACGCAUAUUUAGAUACCAAAAUUACAUUUUUUUUUAUUAUGAUUAAAAACUAGU